AACAUGGGAGGGCUUUUGCACGCGCGUAACUAAAUCCAGCGGCUAGCUUGUGCCAUUCACGCCAUUACAUACGCAAAUCAUAUAUCAUGGGUGCAGUCCAACGCAAGCUGAUGCUAUUUUCGGCAGGAAGUGCGCAUCCGAGAGAACACGAUCAAUCAAAAACGUAUUCGUGGGAUACCAAACCGAGAGUGGAUGCCGCGAACUACACGGUGGAAAAUGCAAUUGACACAACUGUCACAAGAUGUCCAGGAAACGUCAACGGACAGCAGUUCGUCAUACGAAAUUGCCACAACGCCAGCCUCUAUGUACUGGAUCACAUCAACUCUGUGACGAUUGAUGACUGCACUAACUGCAACAUUGUCCUUGGCCCGACGCAGGGAAGUGUGUUCCUGCGCAACUGUAACAAUGUGCGACUUGCGUCUGCGUGUCAACAGCUGCGGGCCCGCGACUGCUUUGCCAUCGAUUCUUGGCUCUGUUGCUCCACUCAGCCAUCCAUAGAGUCCUGCUCCGAGAUGCGAUUUGGUUGUCUGACGCUGGCAUACGAACAGUUCCCAGAGCAGCUAAAGAAGGCCCGGCUCAGUCCAUUCAACAACCACUGGAGUGAAGUGUACGACUUUACUCCGACCAUACCAGAGCCAAACUGGUCACUGCUACCCCCAGAGGCAAUGCCACAGACUGUGGUCGAGGCAUGCCCUAUGCCCAUGAGCCUGGAUCCCCAGACAAGUCAUGUGCCGCUCACACUUGGACCCAGCUGCAAGCGUGAUGUGGAGAGGUGCCUGGUGGUACUCUUCUGGAACGACAAUCUACAGGAAAAUAGCAUGGCUUUUGUGCGGGGCAUGAAAGAAGCGCAGGCAGACCUUGUACAGACGCUAGAAGCAUGCCUGGAAGAUGGCUUGGCACAGUCCAUAUUCCAGAAUGGACAACAUGGAAAAGUUGCGAAGGGAUCAGCUGUUGCUCUCGAGUACACGGGCAUGGACUGCCGACAAGUAUGCCAGCAAAUUGCUGCCGGACUGACACCAGGAACACACUACAUCUCUCCCCAAGAGCUAGAGACGACAAAAAAGCAAAUCGAAGCUGCUUUCAACACAACCCAGUGCACCUUCUCUUGACGAUUUAUUGACGAUUUAUUAGUGGGCUGUGACGUCAUUGAAGUCACGAAUGGAGCAAAGAUGGGACUGGCAAGCAUCAUCUUGAUGUAUCGGGAGGAACUAUUUGGGCUGGAGUCCACUUUCCAUAUUCAAAUAUGUGUAAAAUGCAUUGGAGAGGGGGGGUGGCUAUGCACCCUCUCUACUCCCCAAAUUUGGUUUGCCAACAAGGGGGGACUAAAUUACCCAACAUUUGGUGUCCUGUACAGCACAUGCCUGUGAAGGAAUGAGACACUGAAAAGCGUUCAUCAUAUGUUGAGGUAAGUUUAAGAGCUCCGGAUUAGUUACGCAAGCUAUAUUUUUCUUUGUGUUUGAUCAAAUAAUCCAUAGUCACUGUUUGGGAAGCCUGGUGAAGGUUUGGGAGAUGGUGGUCGAAGUAAGCAAAUAUGGUAUAAUGUUGCACAUCUGUUAGCCUGAAAACAUUGUCGCAAUGUGCAGUAGUAAUUCAUUUAAAACCUUACUUAAACGUCAGGUUCAGAACAUACAGUUACGAUAAGUGUCAGCAGCCCUACGUCUGGUACAAACUUUGCAUUUUGUUUUUCUCAAUCCAACACAUGUGGCUAUUGUUCCUACAUACUAUUGCAGUACUGUGCUGGUUUUGAUGUCUCAAUAUUUUGUUAUUGCACUGCUGGUGAUGUACAGGGCAAAAUGUAGAGCAAGGCUUAGUAUAAUCAGAAUGAAUAAUAAAAGUAAACCAACA